CAGUCAAAACUAAUGUGUUAGUAAAGUCCUGAUAUCUGAUCAAUAAGAUGUAGAGUUUUCUACUGGGUGUUAAUCAUGGAAGACAAGAUUAUAAAAUCCGUAUUUUUUUCUCUACUAUGGUGCUCGAUAAUUUCAACAAGUCAAGCGGCAUCUCCUGUAUGUAACACAUUGCCGUCUGGCUUGUAUGGCUAUGGACAGUCCUGCAGUUAUAACUAUCAGUGUGUCACUGGGCUAUGCUCCAACUCAAGAUGCGCAUGUGCCUCUGGGACUACAUACACCACAUGCGCCGCUGCUUGUGUCUCAAAUUGCAAUACAGUGAUAACAGCAACAUCAGGAACGAUAACCAAUCCAGGCUAUCCAUCAAGCUACUCAUCCGGGCAAUGUUUCUGGACCAUUCAAGCAACGACGGGGAGCUUCGUAGCGUUCAACAUAACUUACAUGGAUAUGGGCACACUUGGCAGCUGUUCAUCAAACUACCUGGAGAUAUUUGACGGAUCGUCAACAGCCAACAGGACAUUUGGUAAAAUGUGUUCCACAUGGCAGGUCCUUACACUAUCUACAACAAACUACAUGCAUGUUGUGUUCCUAACAUCAGGAAUUGGGAAAUUUCUUGCUACCUUCAAAAUACAAGGGAGAUCUAUAAAUUUGCAAGGUCCUUCAGGCUACAUUGUUAGUCCUGGGUAUCCACUUAGCUAUCUAGACAAUAUGUGGCAUAGCUGGACGAUCACCGGAAACCCAGGGACUUCAGUUUAUCUCGACAUCGGUACAUUUGAAUUGGAAGGCAGUUAUCCGACGUGCUCUUAUGACUAUCUACAAGUUUAUGACGGUAGCACCAGCAAUUAUCCUAAUUUCACAAAAUAUUGUGAAAACAGAGCACCGGGUCUGUUUGCCUCUACAUCAAACUCUAUGCACAUCGUGUUCAAAACCGAUGGCUCAGCUACCCGUAAAGGGUUCAAUGCAACAUUUUAUACACAAGGCAGGGACAUGACUCUCUAUGAGUCAGGAAAAUUAGCAAGUCCUGGAUAUCCAUUACAGUACUUGAAUAGUCAGAACAUCAAUUGGACGCUAUUCACUCGAACUGGAACAUUCCUUAUUUUAAACAUAUCAUUUGUGGAAACCGAGUCAUGUGGCACAGACUAUAUCACAGUGUACGAUGGAAGCAGUACUUCCGCUCGGAAGUUUCAGACUAUCUGUGGAAGGGGAACUUCGACUGUGAUCGCCUCGUCCACAAACUACCUAUUGGUCAACUUUAGAACAGAUGGAUCUGUUACGUUGAAAGGAUUUUAUGGGGAGUUUUACUCUCAAGCAACGAAUAAUUACAUGAAUGGUCCUACUGGAUUGAUCAUUAGCCCGGGAUUUCCUCUAAGCUACACAAACAACCAAUACAUUACCUGGAGAAUCAAUACUGCAUCCGGAACUUUUAUUAUCCUAAGUGUAAAUGCAUUUGAAUUGGGAUCAAGUUCAGUAUCAUGCAAUGAUAAUCUACAAAUCUUUGAUGGGCCGUCAAGUAGUAGUACUCAGUUAGCUCGACUGUGUGGUAACGUCGUACCUGACCUAAUGGCUUCUACAUCAAACCACAUGUACAUUGUGUUUCGUACUGACAGCUCUACAAAUUACAAGGGUUUUAGAGCAACGUAUUAUACACAAUUAACGUAUAAUAUCAUGGAUGGUCCUACUGGAGUGAUCAUUAGCCCGGGAUUUCCUCUUAGCUACAUAAACAACCAAUACAUUACCUGGACAAUCAAUGCAGCAUCCGGAACUUUUAUUAUCCUAAGUGUAAAUGCAUUUGAAUUGGGAUCAAGUUCAGUAUCAUGCAAUGAUAAUCUACAAAUCUUUGAUGGGCCGUCAAGUAGUAGUACUCAGUUAGCUCGACUGUGUGGUAACGUUGUCCCUGGUCUGAUAGCUUCUACAUCAAAUUACAUGUACAUUGUGUUUAGAACUGAUAGCUCUGCAACAUACACGGGUUUUAAAGCAACAUAUUAUACAAAAAAUAUAAACCUUAUAACUGCGACAUCUGGUUCAAUUGUAAGCCCAGUUAAUCAAAAUGAUCAGAACAACAUUUGGAAAAUUCAAAGUGGCCUCAACACCUUUAUUAUACUAAGUAUCACAUCUAUAGACUUGGGUGCAGCUUCAACAAACUGCAGUAGUGAUUCUCUACAAAUAUUUGAUGGACCAUCAAGUAGUUCCAUCCAGUUGGCUCGACUUUGUGGUAACGUUGUUCCUGGUCUUAUCGCCUCUUCAUCAAACUACAUGUAUCUUGUUUUAAGGAUUGGUAACUCUUAUACAUAUAGAGGGAUUAGGGCAACAUACUACACGCAAGGUACAUCAGCAACCCUUACAGCAUCAGCAGGCUACAUCGUUAGCCCAGGUUUUCCCAGUUUUUUUCUCACAAACAAAGUCUACUCGUGGACAAUACAAGGCAAUACUGGGACGUUCGUUGUGCUCAACAUUACUACAUUACUACUAAGCAGGUCCACAUCAUUCUGUCCCAACCACCACAUCCAAGUCUACGACGGACAGAACACCAGUGGUGUAUCAUUAGGACGGUACUGCUAUAGAAGUUCACCAGUGUAUGUUGUAUCUUCAUCCAACUACAUGCAUGUCGUGUUUCGAACUGAUAGUACAACGACGUAUAAAGGGUUUAACAGUAACUACUAUACACAAGCUUGCUUGAACAAUUUAUAUGAGACAACGGGUGUAAUUACCAGCUCUGGUUAUCCUAAUGGUUACAGUAAAUACUCGAGUUGUUCAUGGAGAAUCGUAGGGGAGGCUGGAACUAAGAUAUUUGUAAACAUAACAGACUUUGAUGUUUUACCUUGCGAGUCUGCCGUUGUUGCUGCGUAUGAUGGUCAGUACACACGAGAGAAUCUAAAUCUCCCACUAUGUGGUCAAGUACCUGUGUUUUCCAUCAACGCAUCAAGCAACUUCGUCUUUAUCGCCUUUAUAACAUUUGGACUUAUCAACCCUGUGUCUUACAGAGGAUUUAAGCUAAACUAUGUUAUCAAAGAUAUAUCGUAUGGCAAAUCCUGCACUCUAGUGGACCAGUGCCGAAGUUACUUGACUUGUGUUAGUGGCUACUGUAGUUGUGGAAGUGACAAAUAUCACAACAGUUCUACACUUAGCUGUCACAACAAACUUUCUUUUAAGGAGAAAUGUGUGGAAACACUACAGUGUAGGAGUAACUUGCAGUGUUUGUUCGGAAUGUGCUCCUGUGGUCAGGAUUAUUACUACAAUCCUAGUGACGUUAGGUGUAGUUUUACGUUUGAUCAUAAUGUGUACUGCAACAGCAGUAUUCCUGGUAUGUGUAGAACAAGGUAUUAUAUGGAUUGUCUCCCCGAUGUUUCUGGAAAACAUCGAUGUUUGUGCAAAGAUUCGUUUCAUUUUGAGAACAACGCUUGCGUUUCUUCUUCUAAAUUAGUUGUACAGCGCCCCCAAUCCCAGAACAAGAGCACAACUGGAGUUGAGUUACAAUGGGAAGCCACUACACUUGGACCCAAUAGAACGUACGGUGUGUCGUGGGUGUCGGCCAGUGAUGAAACAGAUAGAGGAACACAAGCCCCCAAUGAGAGCGGUGUGACGGUGACUGGUCUAACACCAGGUACCAGCUACACAAUCAGGGUCUACACGUUCCUACAGCAGCAGGGAUUUUAUACUGUUAGAAACGUUAGCACUACAAUUAACAUUGUUACUUAUCCAGCCACACCGGGUCUAGUGAAUACAACAACAAGCAAAUUGGAUAAACCACCUUACAUCAUAAGAUUUCAACCAUCUGUAGGAAGGGUACUUUUCUACAAGUUUUCUUUGGAAGAAAAACUUGGAUUACUAGAUCUAAACUAUACAUUGAGCUUCCCAGAAAUUAAACUGACCGAUCUACAAACUGACACUGAGUACAAAUACAGUAUAACGGCUGUUAAUGAUAUCGGUGAAGAAAGUGAUGAGGUGGAGGGAUUUUUUAAAACAACACAUGCAGAUAGUGAGUUAAACGUUGGCUUAAUAGCAGGAUCAGCCGUUGGAGCGUUGGCGCUUGUUGUUAUUAUCGUCGUAGUUGUUGUCGUAAUCAUACGGAGAAAACAAACUAAACCUAGACAACAGAUGGACGUUGGGGGUGUGGCUAUGAAAACAACUCAAAAUCCUGAAUGCACUGAUGGACCUAUAGCCUCAACAUCCGUCGCACGAAACACAAACCUUUACACACCUAAUCCCAAAGGAUCUGAAGAAAAUGUUUAUGAGGACGUACGGCCUUUGUCAAUCAACAAACCACCAACACAGGAGGGGGUGUAUGCGAAUGUAGAUCCAGCAGAAAACGUCUAUGCAAAUCAACAUCAUGUCUACGCUAACGCAGCUUCAAUUCAAGAAACAAUGAGUUAAUCCGCCUGCAUUAGUCACAUUAAUAAACGUUAGCAGCCUCAUAGUUCGAGGUAAAUUAUAAUUCUUAAUCUACAUAUGAUGUUUCAACACAAGACCUACUUAGUAAGAAAAAUGCGUAGAAAAUGACAAUACUACUUGAAAUCUGCUCGGUAACAAUACUUUUGUCAAUCGAAACUCCUGAGUUUUGCCAGACACAAUCAUAUAGUUUAGUGACUGGCACAGUUUCUUAAUUAUUAUUCUAUUUGUUUUGCUAUAGCACAGUUAUUAUUAUGAAUUAACAAUUAAUGCUUAUAUUUUGUAAAGAAAAAUAUAAACAUGAGUAUCUUGGCCUAUAGGGCUGUAUUUUUGUAAAGUAUGUUAUUAACUUUAUGUAGAUCUCAUGUGUAUUACCGUCUAUUUCAGCAAAUUUUUGUUUCAUAUUGCAUACAGGAAUAAAAUUUCUUUUUUUUGUCUUGUUUUAUAACAAAUUUUCAAGGGUCUUUUCCCAACAAUCUGUACAUUUGUAUGUUGUGUCACGUAAAGAUUGAAAUUAUGGUUAUUAAUAAGUUGAAUAUAACCGAAUUUUAAAUUAAAAUCGAUUGUUAAAGCUUUAUUCUUUAAAAAAAUACAUGUAUUUAUAGUACCUAUUUUAAUGCAUAGUAUUGAAUAAUUUUGUAUUUUCAUUAUUCCAAAUACAUUUAUUGUAUAAACAAGUGUGUAAAUAAAAUGAUCUACUUUACUUAAGACGUAUGUCUGUUAAGUAAGUAAAAAGUGUAGUACAUAAAACAUCAUCAAAAUAAAUUAAAUCUUUCUAUUUUAAGGCGCAUAUGUAGAGUAAAAUGUAACAAUCGAAAAUUUAAUGAAUCAUAUUUAACAAUUUACUAAGAAAAUCUUUUAUUUUAUGAAAAGCCUUUGUAGCUUCGUGCGAGAAUAUAACGAUGCCAUUUUCAGACUAUCGUCAUGAAAGUUACGAGGAGCUACUUACUGUCUAGAGUAAAACAAACACUACUAACAUAUGGUUUUUAUGCCAGAAAAUUGCAUGUAUCAAAAGGAACGUGUUUUAAUAAAGUUGCUUUCACAGAAUCACAAAGCUUAUUCUGUAAAAUCCAUCUGCUGUUCAUGUAGCUACCUCAUUGACCUAUAUCCGAGGAGUCGAGCCAGCAUAUUUUUUUAUAUCAAAGCUAUAUAUGAAAAGACAAAUAUUUCAAGAAAUUUGGAACAGUUACAUUGUAAUCCUUCUUCUAGUAUUACGAUUUCAUUUCUGUAGCACGCUUCUUUUCUUUUAAUGCAAUCCUAAUUUUAAAUGGAUAAUAUAUGUUAUAAAUACAGUAUGGCAGUUAAUUAGUUUCUUUCAGACAUUAUUUUCAAUUAAUAUUUAAUAAUUUUAUAUUGAGUGCUCAUAUGUUACUUAUUAAAGUGUAAAUAUGUGUUUGGUUGACAUGAAAAAAAUAAAAAAAAUUUGAAACAUGUCCUACAAAGGUGUUUAUAAAUAGCAUGCACACAUUCUGCAUCGAAAUACUGUGUUUUAUAAAAAAUAAACUAUUGAACAUUUGAAAUUAUUCUUUUAUUCUAUUCAAUGUUUUUAACUGCUCCGACAUUCAUGAAUAAA